AUGCUUUUUGAAAGAAAUAUUAUUCUUACUCAUCGUGCUCGUAGAAUAUUAGAAAAAGUACAUGAUGCAUUUAUUCAAUCGAAUUUAAUUAGCGGUAGUUCUAUGGCUGGUCUUGUUAUGCAAUCAGCAUUACGAUGGGGUGAAGGAAAAUAUAGUGAACGAAUUCCUAUUCGAAAUAAUACUUUUAUGAAAUGUGGUUAUGCUACAAGUGGUUCAUGGACAGAACAAGCAGAUAUUUUAACAAUCUAUGGACAUCAUACAUUAACUAUUGAAAAUAAUAUGUUUUUCAGAUAA